CUGCCCGGAAGUUGCGUGAGGGGCGAAGGGCCUUCGCGGGGGCCGCCGGAAGCUGUAGUCGGGGCACGCGGGGGCCGCCGGGAGCUGUGUGUGUCGCGGCCGCCCGGUCAGCGUCGUGCUGCCCGCCCCGCACUCGGAACCCACAGCCGCCGCCCAGGGGGAUGCGGGAGCCCCUGGUUUCGGGGAGCAGAGAGGCAGGCGGGGUGAGGGGCGUUGCCAGGCAACGGGCGAGCGCCGUGGUUGGGGAGCUGAGGACGGUAUGUCCCAGGCCCCAGGAGCACAGCCGAGCCGGCCCUCCGUUUAUCACGAGCGGCAACGCCUGGAGCUGUGUGCCGUCCACGCCCUCAACAACGUUCUGCAGCAGCAGCUCUUUAGCCAGGAGGCUGCCGACGAGAUCUGCAAGAGGUUGGCCCCAGACUCCCGGCUGAAUCCCCAUCGAAGCCUCCUGGGCACCGGCAACUAUGACGUCAACGUGAUCAUGGCCGCCCUGCAGGGGCUGGGCCUGGCCACCGUGUGGUGGGACCGAAGGAGGCCCCUGUCCCAGCUGGCCCUGCCCCAAGUGCUGGGACUGAUCCUGAACCUGCCCUCACCCAUGUCUCUGGGGCUGCUGUCCCUGCCGCUCCGCCGGCGGCACUGGGUGGCCCUCCGCCAGGUGGACGGCGUCUACUACAACCUGGACUCCAAGCUGCGGGCGCCUGAGGCCCUGGGGGACGAGGACGGCGUCAGGGCCUUCCUGGCGGGGGCGCUGGCUCAGGGCCUGUGCGAGGUGCUGCUGGUGGUGACCAAGGACGUGGAGGAAAAGGGCUGCUGGCUGCGGACAGACUGACCCCGCGGAGGAGAGGACCAGGCCGCCGUCCGUGCGGUCCCCGUGCAUCCACGUCUGGCUCCCGAACGCCAGGGAAGGACCCCGCGGAGGCCCAGCCCCUUUUCCGCACCCCCUGCUCCCCAAUGCCGCUGCUGCCUCAAUAAAUCUGCUGAUUUGC